AUGAAGGCAUCUUGGAUCCUCGCACUGGUUGCGGCAAGUCCCGCGGUCCUCGCCCUAGGCCAGGAGCCUUCUACCGGCGCAGAGCUGGUUGACCGGGCGGUUAAGAAGAAGGUUUUAACCUUCGACUGUGACAGGAUGCCGGAGGUCUGUCAUAACAUGUGCUACGCCACACACUGCAAGAACAAGCCUAAGCAACUCACUUGGGACAAACCUCGCACUAGUAUUGAGGGUAAACGCAGGCGAACAGCAGGUUGUGGUAGCAAUAACCGCUGUAGCAAGAAGAAACUUGGGAAGACAGGGUUUAACUGCGACGAGUACCCCUUUGCCUCGACUAGAAAUGCAGAUAGGGGUGGCCAGAUCAACCGCUGCGUGCCAGAAAGGGAAAACAGCCGCCAAGGUUCAGCUCUUAACCAGUUCUACCACUCCCGAGGCAAGUUUAGGGCCACUGGAUGCAAGAGUAAGAAGAACUGCAGUUUCACUGUCGCCUUCAAGGGCACCAAUACCAAGACCAUCGGUCCCUGCAAGAAGAAGCCCGACUGCAAGAACGACGGCAACCAGUGGACCAAGACCGGCCCCAUCAAGCGCGAGGAACCCCAAGAGUCCCAAAACGUGGCAGAGUACAAGCUCCGCCGCAGCGGUGACACUAUUAUCUCGUCUGAAGACUUGCAGCCUGGUGAUCUUGUAUACCACAUCGUGGAGCGUAACGCCACGCUGGCCGAGGAACACCACAUGGGCCACGUUUUUAACGAGUUCGCCGGGGUUGAGCAAUAUGACUACAUGUCGGAUAACAUGGACAUGGAAGAGGAUGAGAUUCUUGCGAGGAUCUGA